AUGAAUUAUAUAUUAAUUAACUUGAAGAAAUGUGACUUCAUGACUACUAAUUUGUUAUUCUUAGGAUAUGUUGUAAGUGCAAAUGAUAUCAAAGUAGAUAAAGAAAAACUCAGAGCUAUCAAAAAUUGGUCAAGACCAACUUUAAUUCAUUAGGUUCAAAGUUUUUAUAGAUUGGCAUCAUUUUAUAGAAGAUUCAUUCGAAACUUUAGCUCAAUAAUGUCUCAUAUUAUUGCUUGUAUAAAAAAGGAUCAAUUUAAAUGGACUGAUGAAGCUAGUAAAAGUUUUAUUAUGAUUAAAGAGAAAUUAUGUUUUGCUCCUAUUUUAGCCUUGCCAAAUUUUGAUAAUCUAUUUGAAGUAGUAUGUGAUGUAUCCAUAGUUGGCAUUGGAGGUGUACUGUCGUAA